GUCCCGACGUCGCUCUUUCUUACACUCCCCAUCCUCCUCUGAUCCAUCCCAACUCAUCACUCCUCCCGAGUUCCCAUCCAUAUACAUCAAUCUCCUUUUAUCUUACUCCUCGCGAGCCUUUCGACAAUUUCAUCCCACAUCCAAAUCAUCCCCUCCCGCACAACACCUCAUCGGCUCCAGUUUGCCCGACACCCACCGCCUCCACACCUGCUUUGCUCGCGCUAUAUCCUCUCACGCUUGAGCUAGCACAAUGGCUGCGCUAGCCGACCCAAGGCGGACUGAGCCCAUGGACUUGGCCACGGACCUCAACAACCCCGACCGCAACAACCGUCGUGUCGCCUAUUUCUAUGACCACGAUGUUGGCAACUAUCACUUCUUCCUGGGUCACCCCAUGAAGCCGCACCGUAUCCGCAUGACGCACAACCUCGUUUCCAACUACGGAUUGUGCGAUGAGCAAGAGUACGACGCACCCGACGAGGUGGGCGAAGGGAUGCGCGCGCUCAAUGACCCCACCGCCGGCAUGGACGAGGAAAUGCAGGAGGCAGCCAAGUGGGAGCGCCGCAUCAUGAAUGGCUCACGCGGCAAGGCCAUGCAAGUUUUUAGGCCCCGCCGCGCCACAAAGACUGACAUGACCAAGUUCCAUACCGACGAGUACAUCGAUCUCCUCGAAGCGGUCACCCCUGAGACCGCGGAUGCGCUCACCGGCGGCGGCACCAGGUGCCUUACUGGCGAAGAUUGUCCCGCCUUCGAGGGCGUGUUCGAGUUCUGCACGAUCUCGGCCGGUGGCUCCCUUGGUGCUGCAGAGAAGCUCAACUCCGGCCAUGCGGAUGUGGCUGUGAACUGGGCUGGCGGCUUGCACCACGCGAAGAAGUCGGAGGCUUCUGGUUUCUGCUACGUCAAUGAUAUCGUCCUGGGCAUUCUUGAGCUGCUUCGCAUACACCCGCGCGUGCUCUAUAUUGACGUCGACGUUCAUCACGGCGAUGGUGUAGAGGAGGCCUUUUACACCACCGAUCGCGUCAUGACUUGUUCUUUCCACCGUUUCGGCGAGUUCUUCCCCGGCACUGGUGACGUGCGCGAUACUGGUAUUAAGCGCGGCAAGGGCUACGCUGUCAACGUCCCUCUUCGCGACGGCAUCACCGACGCCACCUAUCACUCGGUGUUCAAGCCUAUCAUUAAGCAGAUCAUGGACACCUUCCGUCCCGGAGCCGUCGUCCUGCAGCUGGGAGCCGACUCUCUGUCAGGUGACAAGCUGGGUGGCUUCAAUCUCACUCUCGACGGCCACUCCAUGUGCGCUCGCUAUGUGCGAUCCUUCAACGUCCCUGUGAUGAUGGUAGGGGGCGGAGGCUACACCAUCAAGAACGUCUCGAAGGCGUGGACGAAGGAGACUUCGAUCAUGUGCGGCGUCGAGCUUCCAGAAGACCUCCCCUUCAACCGAUACAUGGAAUACUUUGGACCAAGAUACAAGCUAGAGGUUCUGCCGACCAACGUCGACGAUCACAACCCACCUGAGUACCUGGAGGCGCUUAAGCGCCAGGUGUUUGAGAACCUGCGCCAGCUUCCUCACGCGCCAGGCGUACAAAUGCGCGAGGUAUCCAGCAAGCCCCUUUCGCGCGUCUUGGGCAUCAGCAAGGAAGACGACGAUGACGACCCGGACAACGAGUUGGACCAGCGCAUAAGAAGUAGGUCGAAUCAACGCUUACGCUGACUCUAGAAAUCUUCCGCCAGCGCAACGGCGGCGGCGAGGAGUCGGAGUCUGACUCGGACUCUGACAUCGGCGCGCACGCCCACCGCAGCCGCGCGCGGCGGCAAGGAGGGUUGCCGUUGCGCCCGAACCCGCGGCCUCGUGUCAACGGCUACCCGGCCAGCAAGCGCCAGGCAUCCCUAUCGCCAGAAGGGAGCGAGGGGGAUGGGCGCAAGAAGCGCACCUUUUUCUCGUCGCGCGUAGGCGAUGGGACAUGGGACCCUACAAUGUUGCUCAAUGGCGGAAAGGCGCCGGACGACGGCUUGGUCAACGGUGUCAAGCCCAAGCUGUUCGGCGGUAUUCCUGAGACGUGGAACGUUGGCCGGACAAGUCGCGCCGGUAGCCCCAUGAGCGUCACCUAGGCCAGCUUAGGCAUAGACGUGUAGAGUACUGUAGUCAUGUAUUUGUUUCGAAACUCUCGCA